AUGGGGAAGUUAGAGAAUGCUGUCCAUGAUGAGACUGUGCCCGAGUCUGCUGUGCAGAAUGCCAGCUGUUUGAGAAAUGGCAACCUGAAAACACCAAGAGAGAAACGGAAGGUCCGAGAGCAGUGUGAAAACAUAAGGAGGAAUUCUUCCAAUAGCAGAAGAGUGAGCCGCCUGCAGAAUGGAGAAGUGGUUGAAGCAGUUACAUUGUUUGAAGUGGUUAGCAUGGGGAAACGGGCCAUGCAGUCUGUAGUAGACGACUGGGUUGAAGCUUACAAACAGGACCGGAAUGUGGCGCUUCUAGAUUUGAUCAACUUCUUCAUUCAGUGCUCAGGCUGUCAAGGCAUGGUAACAGCAGAGAUGUUUCAGAGUUUGCACAAGAAGGAUGUCAUGCGAAAAAUGACAGAGACUUUUGAUGAGGAAACCGGGUUGCAAUACAAGAAGUUCAUGGCUUAUCCUUGGAUUCUGACAGUUACUUGGCCAGUGGACAUGGACAAUGAAGACUACCCACUUAUCAGAACGGGACCUUAUUGGAAGAAGUUCAAAGCCAAUUUCUGUGAAUUCAUUGCAGUGCUUGUCCAACAGUGCCAGUACAACAUCCUAUAUGACAGCUACUUGAUGGAUACUGUCAUCUCGCUGCUUACAGGCUUAGCAGACUCUAUGGUCAGAGCAUUUAGGCACACAAGCACUUUGGCAGCAAUGAAGCUUCUGACAGCAGUUGUAAGCGUACAUCUGAACCUUGAUGUCAACAAGCAUAAUGUUCACAGACUAUAUGAGGUGGAAAAGCACAGGACAAGUGGCAAGAAGACCAGUUGCAGGCUUGACCAGCUACAGAGAAGAAGAAAAGAGUACGAGCAGAAACUUCUGGACAUACAGAACAUGAUGAAUGCUAUUUUCAAAGGGACGUUUUUAAACCGUUACCGGGAUGUGAUCCCUGAAAUCCGUGCCACUUGCAUUGAAGAAAUUGGCAGCUGGAUGAAAACAUACCCAGAUGCCUUUUUAAAUGAUAGUUACUUAAAAUACAUUGGGUGGAUGCUCUAUGAUAAGCAAGCCGAAGUACGGUUGAAGUGUCUUCUGGGACUGCAGGGAAUUUAUAGCAGAAAAGAACUUGUUUCCAGGAUGGAUCUCUUUACUAGCAGAUUUAAG